UGGGGUGCUGCGGGGGGCGGGGUCGUGUCUGCCGCAGCAACAGGGUGUGGCCGGGUAGGGGGCGCGGGCGCCAAGCCAGAUCCCGCUUCUUGAAAGGCCUUGCGCGAGCUUCCCCUGCUUCGCGCACGGGUCCCUUGCGCGCCCCCGCCCUGCCAGGGACCCCUGCCCGGCCGCCGCCUGCGUCCAGGAAGCUCCACCUUGAGCCAUGUUUUUCACCUGUGGCCCAAACGAGGCCAUGGUGGUCUCUGGUAAGUAUUGUUCUCAUCUCAUCUAGUGACCCGCACCCCCCUCCGUCCCUGCAGAGGCCCCUUCCUCCUCUCCCUACCAGCUCCCCAGCGCCAAGCCUUCCGCCCACACCACCCCUCACGGCUGCAAGCGAUACCCUUCCAAGGCCCAGGCUCCCCGCCCCCUGCCCCGCCCGCUCCCGGAUUUCCUCGUGGGGAUGCCCCCCCGCCCUUGCCCAGUUCUCUCUUCCACGUUCCAGCUCUACUUUGGCCACCAGCCACCACAGCCCACUGCCUCUCGACCUUCCAGGUUUCUGCCGGAGCCCCCCAGUCAUGGUGGCUGGAGGUCGUGUCUUUGUCCUGCCCUGCAUCCAGCAAAUCCAGAGGUGAAAAUCCAGGGCCAGAACAAGGAGAUGUUGGCGGCUGCCUGCCAGAUGUUCCUGGGGAAGACGGAGGCUGAGAUUGCCCACAUCGCACUGGAGACGCUGGAGGGCCACCAGAGGGCUAUCAUGGCCCACAUGACUGUGGAGGAAAUCUAUAAGGACAGGCAGAAAUUCUCUGAGCAAGUUUUCAAAGUGGCCUCCUCAGACCUGGUCAACAUGGGCAUCAGCGUGGUCAGCUACACCCUGAAGGACAUUCACGAUGAUCAGGACUAUUUGCACUCCUUGGGGAAGGCCCGAACAGCUCAAGUCCAAAAAGAUGCUCGGAUUGGGGAAGCAGAGGCCAAGAGAGAUGCUGGGAUCCGGGAGGCCAAAGCCAAGCAGGAAAAGGUGUCUGCUCAAUACCUGAGUGAGAUCGAGAUGGCCAAGGCGCAGAGGGACUACGAGCUGAAGAAGGCUGCCUAUGACAUCGAGGUCAACACCCGGCGAGCGCAGGCUGACCUGGCCUAUCAGCUUCAGGUGGCGAAGACGAAGCAGCAGAUCGAGGAGCAGCGGGUGCAGGUGCAGGUGGUGGAGCGGGCCCAGCAGGUGGCGGUGCAGGAGCAGGAGAUCGCCCGCCGCGAGAAGGAGCUGGAGGCCCGCGUGCGGAAGCCGGCGGAAGCCGAGCGCUACAAGCUGGAGCGCCUCGCGGCGGCGGAGAAGUCCCAGCUGAUCAUGCAGGCAGAGGCAGAAGCCGAGUCAGUGCGGAUGCGUGGGGAGGCCGAGGCCUUUGCCAUUGGGGCCCGAGCCCGGGCGGAGGCUGAGCAGAUGGCCAAGAAGGCGGAGGCUUUCCAGCUGUACCAGGAGGCUGCUCAGCUGGACAUGCUGCUAGAGAAGCUGCCCCAGGUGGCAGAGGAGAUCAGUGGUCCCUUGACCUCGGCCAAGAAGAUUACACUGGUGUCCAGUGGAAGCGGGACCAUGGGGGCGGCCAAAGUGACCGGGGAAGUGCUGGACAUCCUGAGCCGCCUGCCAGAGAGCGUGGAGAGACUCACUGGCGUCAGCAUCUCCCAGGUGAACCACAAGCCUUUGCGAACAGCCUGAACCCCUGACCUGCGCGAUGCCCAGCUUCGUAACUCAAGUUGCCUGAACGGUCCCAAUAUUGCAUGCACUUCAGCCGGCUCCCUGAGCGGGGUUCCACUCCUCACCUCAUCUCUCCUUGCCAAAUAGCCUGUGCCUUGCCUUGGAAGGAAAGGGUUCUCCCUUCUCCAACCCCAUAUUGCCAAGACUGCUGGUUCCCCAGGGGUCCCAUGAUGGCCUUCUGAUGAACCCACCCCCAACUUAUUUAAUUAAACUACUGUUGAGCCUGUUGUCCAGAA